ACCCGAGCAUUUCACACGGACAUCCAGAGACACUCGAACAGAAGAGAGGGAUGCUCCAGUGAAGUGACAUUCUCAGCUUUACUGACUGGAUUUUACACUCCAGAUUUACUCGAGGCAAAAAGUUGGCGACCCUUUUCCAGCUACUUUUAAAAGUGAAAAGGACAGCCACAGACAAUGUGAGUUCACUUUUUAUAUUCUAACAUAACAAACAAAACAAAAAACACCGGUUUAAUGAAACAGAAGUGCUGAAGUUAUGGCAGCGCUAAGGCGUAAAUUUGGCGAGGACUACCAGGUGGUGAACACCAACAGAGGCGCGACUUUCUCCAGCGCACCAGUAAAGAAAAAGCGCCAGCGCUUCGUGGAGAAAAACGGCCGCUGCAACGUCCAGCACGGAAACCUCGGUGGAGAAACCAGCCGCUAUUUAUCAGACCUGUUCACCACACUAGUGGACUUGAAGUGGCGCUGGAACCUUCUCAUUUUCAUCCUCACGUACACCAUCGCCUGGCUGGUCAUGGCCUCGAUGUGGUGGAUCAUCGCGUAUAUAAGAGGGGACUUGAAUCAUGGCCACGACGCUUCUUACACUCCGUGCGUCGCCAAUGUUUACAACUUCCCCUCCGCGUUCCUCUUCUUCAUUGAGACCGAGGCGACCAUUGGCUACGGUUACCGCUAUAUAACCGAGAAGUGCCCCGAGGGCAUCAUCCUGUUCCUGUUCCAGUCUCUGCUGGGCUCGAUAGUGGACGCGUUUCUCAUCGGCUGUAUGUUCAUUAAGAUGUCUCAGCCCAAGAAGCGCGCGGAGACCCUCAUGUUCAGUCAGGACGCGGUCAUUUCACAGCGAGACGGAAAACUCUGCUUAAUGUUCCGCGUGGGCAAUCUCAGGAACAGCCAUAUGGUGUCCGCGCAAAUCAGGUGUAAACUCAUAAAGUCUCGUCAGACACCGGAGGGUGAGUUCCUGCCAUUGGAUCAGUGUGAACUGGACGUGGGUUUUGGGACGGGUGCAGAUCAGCUCUUCCUAGUCUCUCCCCUCACCAUCUGCCACGAGAUCAAUCCCAAGAGCCCCUUCUUCGACCUGUCCCAGCGUUCGCUCAUGAAUGAGCAGUUUGAGAUUGUCGUCAUCUUGGAGGGCAUUGUAGAGACAACGGGUAUGACAUGUCAAGCUCGAACUUCAUACACGGAGGAUGAGGUGUUGUGGGGUCACCGAUUCCUGCCUGUCAUGUCUCUGGAGGAGGGCUUUUUUCGGGUGGACUAUUCCCAGUUUCACAGCACCUUCGAGGUGCCUACGCCACCCUACAGCGUCAAAGAGUACGAGGAGAAAUCCUCACUCCCUUCGCCCCUGCUCACUCCACACCGGGAGCGAGUCUUUUCCAUGGACUGUCUGGAAGCAGGCGAUGAAGGCCUGCAUCCCGGAAGCGCUUCAUGCAAGUUGCCCAGUAAACUCCAGAAAAUGAGUUCGUCUGGCAGAGAUGACCUCCAGAGGAAGGUGUUACGCUUGAGCUCGCAGCAGUCUGAAAAAGCCUCAAGCACAGGAGACCUUCCUCUUAAACUGCAGCGCCUCAGCUCUAGUCCCGGGCAGGUUGACGGAGAGGCACGGUUCCACCUCAAAGCCCUGAAGGUGGGUUUCCAGCCCAUGGCCUUGUCCACUGGAGACCUCCACCAGAGGAGUCUGCCUCCCACGCCAGCAGUGGUUUCCACACACCCUCCACACACACCCAGCGGCAGGCCUGAGGACAACCUUCCUGCCAAACUGAGGAGGAUGAAUGCUGACCGCUGACCUGAAAGUGCUUUUAAGACUUUGUGCUAAUCUGAAGGUGUUUUCGAGGUGUAUUUAUGUUGAACACAGACUGAUACUUUCAGAUUUAGGGCAAAGUUGUGGUUUUCUUAGUAACUGAUUAUGAACUCUUGUAGAGUAACGGUCAAGAAUGAAUUUUCUGAUUGC